AUCUACAGUAUCGAAUUUGACAGUACUGUAAAAUUGUAAAUCUGAGCUUCAGAUAUUGAAGGCUUGAGGCUAGGUUUUAUAUCACCAGUUGUAAAUGAAACAAAUUAAAAAUGUGAAUUUCGAUGAAUUUAAAGUCAUGAAAAUAGAUAUUUAUUGUAUAGUGUCUGUGGUACGCGGACAUAAAAAAGUUAACGACAUAAAGAUAUGUACUGAUUUUCGAUAAUUGUAAUUUGUUUUCAAUUUUAUUGUGAUAAGGAAAAUAGUCAUGUUAGGUUUGAGAAAAAGUUAGCAGUUGCUUGAACUUCGUUACUACGAAUUAAAUACCCAAAAGAAAUUGGUUUAUAAUUACCGAAAAUAAAAAAUUAAGUGUUUAAAAUAAAUUUUAUUUACCAAAGAAAAUAUAAAUUAUUCAAAGGGGCAUGAACAAAUUAUAAAAAAAAAAAUUGACAAAUUCCAAAAAGUAAAUUGAGAAAUGGAGCCAGAAAAGCCAUUUGCAUGUUCAUUACCCGACUGCGGGAUGACGUUCACCAAUGAGGAUCACCUGCACGUUCACACCAAGAAACACGACAUGGUUCUUCAGCUGGGCAUGGAGCAGAAAGGGGCUUUCGUAGCCGAUCAAACUCCAACACCGACUCGGUUCAUUAGGAAUUGUGAGGAGGUUGGACUCUUUCAAGAUCUCCAGAAUGUUAAUCCCUUCGAUGAGGGCUUCAAGAGAGCGAUGGAAACCAAACAUGGCAGCUUAUCUCUGGAGACGGUAUCGUCAACAGAAGACGCCCUCCACACACCUCAUCUAAUGUUUCCUCUUGAGCCGGGCGACUCCGCUUCAUACACAGCUAAUAACCAACGUAACAUCACAAUCAGCAGAUCAUCAAGCGACGAAUCAGGCGCCGUUAAAGAAUAUGAAACGACAACAAUAUCUAAAUUGACAAAUGAAGUGACAAGAAUAAGUAGAGUAGUUGGUAAAGAGGCAGACAGAGUUGUAGCACACGAUGACGUCUCUAUCUUAAAACAUGAAGAGCUUGCAAGAAACAGCGGAGCCAAUGAAAGAUCAGUAUCAUACACAAAUAAUGUGAUAAUACACAGCAACGUAGAAAUAAGAAAAGAUUUAGUCAACACGGAGCAAAAACUACCAACUGAUUCAAUAAAAGACACAAAUUGCCUAAAAGACGUUAGUUUAAAAGAUAAAUUGCCACCGAUCAUGAGCCAGAAGUCUCUUGACUUCGUCAUAGACAGUCUACCGUCAGACGGUUACAACAAUGAUGUGACGAAGCAAAAACGUGACGCGAAACCUGACGAAACGCAAAUACUUGAUGACUGCGAAGUUAUAAUCAAACUUCCAAGCGGUAAACACGUUAAGAUGAGAGCUGUCGAUGAAGAUAAAACAGUACAGACUAACACAAAGGAGAAAUUAAAGAAAGUUAUCAAAAAUAAAAGCGUUAAAAAUACACCUCAAGCGGUACCAAUAGCACUCGUACAGAAUAUUGCACCGAUAACCGCUGGUACUUUAAUACCGGUAACAGUAAUAAAUUCCCAACUGCCAGUGGUUACAAAUCCAGUGCAGAAAAUUCCAAUAGCACCCCUACCGUCUACUGUUAGGACAAACUUCAAAUCGGUGAAGAGAAAAAGUACAGAUAGUAACAAAAUUUGUGAUGAAUCCAAAGAUUGGAGUUCAGAAAGGAAUUCUACACAACAUUUAAAUAGUCGUUCUGCAGCCUCUAGACGAUAUCGGGAAAGAUUAAAAAUCACGAUGUUACAACAGAGCGAAGAAAAUAAGCAGUUGCGGGAGAUCAACGACAAGUUAAACGCCGAGAAAGCGGUUCUCCAGCUGAUCAUCACACAGCAUCUCAAGAAUUGCCCCAUAGCUGACGACUUGAGAAAUAUUCAAGAGAAGCUACAGAGUGCAAAUCGAACUUUGAGUGACGAAAAUUUGUAAAUGAAGAAUAAUUAUAUAUUUUCCAAUUUUUUGUUUAUUUUAUUAAAAUCUUUUAUAAAAUCG